CAUGAUUCCCUUCUUUGUAUUUUUUUUAUUUCAUAUGUUUCAUGGAGGAAAGUCACCUCCCAGUUCCAGGCCAACACGGCUACUUGCAUUGACGAGGCAACUCCGCCAACCGCUCUUCACUUUCACCCAUCAUGCCAGGAGUCUCAAAACAGUGGCAGAGGCGGUUGCGCCGAUCAGCAUAGAGGACUUCAGAAGAGAUGCAUUUCAAGCUCAAAGGCCUCUUCUCAUACGACCAAGCUCCAAACCCUCUACGUUGAGCCCUUGCCCCAACCAGCAAAAUGAUGCCAAUACCCAAACCAACACUUUGACUUCACCAACUAUACUACCCGCCCUAACCAAAUGGUUCAACAUUUCUCCGAGCUCCGGAAAGGCCUCAUUAACUCCGUACCUGGACACCUUCCGAUCUACCAUCCUCCCUUACGAACUCUCAUUCCCAAACUCAGCCCAAGUCUUAGGUUUCAUGUCUUGGCUACAACGGUCCUCCUCCUCCUCCUCACCAACGGCAUCCAGCGAUUCACACCCGAACUCCAACUCCAACUCCGACUCAGACUCACAAUCCCGUCUCGCCCUAGCCCACCUCCUUGAAAACUAUAUCACUCACCACUCCUCCUCCUCCUCCUCUUCCGAGUUCCUCAUCCUCGACCUCCCCCUCCACCUCCUCCUCCUCGCUCACCACUACAACACCUCUCUUUCCUCCUCCUCCCAAACCCCUCCCAACCCCCCGCUCACAAACCUCUACAUAGCCCAAGCGCCCCUCUCCCACCUCCCCUCCCCCCUCCAAGCCGACCUCCCUACCCCUCUUUUGGUUUCCCAUGCCGGCCGCGGAGACAUCUACUCCUCCAGCAUCUGGCUCGGCUUACAACCGACAUAUACACCCUGGCAUAGAGACCCGAACCCCAACUUGUUUUGCCAGUUGUGUGGGACAAAAGUCCUGCGGCUGAUGGCGCCCAAGAGGGGGGAGGCGCUGUUUCGGGGGGUGAUGGCUUCCUUGGCCGUGGCGGCGGGGUCUGGGAAAAUAAGGGGGGAGGAGAUGAUGAAGGGGGAACAGAGGAGGGCUUUGGAGGGGGCUGUUUGGGCUGGUGACGGCGAAGGGACGGAUGACAUGAUGUACGAGGUGACGGUGCAGGCGGGGGAUAUGUUGUUUAUGCCGCUGGGGUGGUGGCAUAGUGUGAAGAGCGUGGGCGAGGAGGGGGGCAUUAAUGGGAGUGUGAAUUGGUGGUUUCGGUAAAUGGAGGUUGGCAGCCGGAUGGAGAUGAAGGUUGUGGUCGGACAAGAGACCGGGACACUCAUCCUCAUAUUAGAUAAAAGGAUGAAGGAGACGGGUUCUCGAAGCGAUCACGGAGAGCGCAGGGCAUCUCUCCUCCCGACCGAUCACAUGGCGCACAGGAGCUACCUUAUCGAUGGACCACAGUACACUCCGGAAAACAGGACGGAAAGGUCGAUUAAAAAGUUUCAGAAGGCACCUAGGUCAAACGCGUACAGUGCCAUAGUUCAGUUACAAGCACUUGCUCCGCGAAACAAGGAUGAGUUAGACAACAAUAUAGUCGAGUUGACUUUAUGCAACCCCUCACUCAGGG